GGCUCCUGCAGCGAAUCAGAGCCGAACCGCGGAGCCAAUCAGAGGGCCGGCCCAAAUCCAGGCCCGUCACGUCACCGCGGGGUCAGCCAAUCAGGAGCGAGCUCCUCCUGCCGUGUGUGUCGUCCUCUCAAAGUUUGCGUGCAGCUAAUAGAGAGCAGAGACAUGAUCACUUUUAUUAUCUCUCAACUUCUUCAGCUCGGCACACAAAGUGGCUUUAAAGUGGACCCGGACCCGUAGACCCGGACCUGUAGACCCGGACCCGGCUGAGAAGACCCGGACCCGGCUGAGAAGACCCGGACCCGGCUGUCUGCGGAGGAACCUCGGCUCACUUCUUCUUUGGAGCUUUCUUCUGGAUUUCUCAGACCCGUCCUGACAUGGGCUUUGACUGUGAGUGCCGAGCAGACCGGGUUCUGGUUUUGUUUUAGUCCGGACUCUGUCAGGUGCGCAGGGCCCUACAGACCCUCACAGACCUGCUCCAGUCCCGCCGGGUGUCCCCCCUCACAGGUGGUAAUGUUAGCGGUGGGUCAGAUGGACGGGUCCCGACAGAGCUUCCUCCUCAGCACCCCGCCUCUGGCCGCGCUGCACAGCAUGGCGGAGAUGAAGACCCCGCUGUACCCGUCCUACCCGCUGUCCUCCAGCGGGCCCAACUCCUCCACCUCCCCGGCCACCACGUCUCCCAACCCGGGCGGCAUGGCCGUGUCCUCCCCGGGGAUCAAGAGCUCCUCGGGUCUGUCCUCGGGGCUCGGUUCUCCGCAGCAGUGCUCCUCCGCCACCCCUCACGGAAUUAACGACAUCCUGAGCCGACCCUCGCUCCACUCCGCCGGCGGUACCGUGGCCGUGGCCGCCGCCUCGUCCUCUGCGGGGAUUCUGUCCGGGCUGCCCCGGUUCAGCAGCCUCAGCCCGCCGCCGCCUCCCGGACUUUACUUCAGCCCCAGCGCCGCGGCGGUGGCGGUGGCCCGGUACCCGAAGCCGCUGGCCGACCUGCCGGGCCGGACGCCGAUCUUCUGGCCCGGAGUCAUGCAGAACCCGCACUGGAGGGACGCCAGGUUCGCCUGUUCGCCCCAUCAGAACUCCGUGUUACUGGACAAGGACGGGAAGAGGAAACACACCCGGCCCACUUUCUCCGGACAGCAGAUCUUUGCGCUGGAAAAGACUUUUGAACAGACCAAGUACCUGGCGGGUCCGGAGAGAGCGCGGCUCGCAUACUCCCUGGGCAUGACGGAGAGCCAGGUCAAGGUGUGGUUCCAGAACCGGCGGACGAAGUGGAGGAAAAAGCACGCGGCGGAGAUGGCGACGGCCAAGAAGAAGCAGGACUCUGAGACCGAGCGGCUGAAGGGAAGUUCGGACAACGAGGACGAGGACGACGACUACAACAAACCUCUGGACCCGAACUCGGACGACGAGAAGAUCACACAGCUGCUGAAGAAACACAAACCGGGCCCGCUGCUGCAGCUGCACGGAGCCGACACCGACAGCUCCUAACUGCCUCCUGCUGCUCCUCUUCUUCUUCUUCUUCUUCUUCUUCUUCUUUGGUUUUUAACGGACACGAACUGAACUGUCGAAGUCUGCAGAUCUCUUUUUGAUUUUUGUGUUGUUUCUGUUUUUUUUUCUUGCACGCUGAUGGCGGCUCGCGACGGGACAGCGAGGAGGUGACGUCACAGGAGACUUGACUUGUAAAUAGCGCCGUGAGUCGUAUCGAUACAAAUGAUCAGCUGUGAAUAAUUUAAGUGUUUUUGUACAGAUCACAGAUCAGUUGGGUUCCCUUUUCUAUCACACACACACACACACACACACACACACACACACACACACACACACACACACACACACACACACAAUUGCGUGAAGGCCUCCUCACACACAUCAAUCUUUAAUUAGGAGGAGGCCGUGAACGCACCACACGCACCUGUACAGACAGAGAGAGUUCACACACCUUUAUUUAUAUGUUUUCAGUUGUGACUGGCGCCUGCGCAGUUGUGUAUCAUGGCAGGUGAAUGUAAUGCACUUUUAUUUAAUAAAAACUCAAAUGUUUGCUUGUUGUUUUCAGCCCGUAAAUCUGAACGAACACAGCGCUUUAAUUAAUUAAUGACACGAUUGAUUAAUGAAUUAAUUACAAA